GGGGAGGGUAGAGAAACGAUUUAUCCAAUCUGGUCACAGUUGACGAGUCCGAUCUGACCCGUUCCAUGUUCUGAUUUAUUUGGCGCCGGGUUUCUUCGUCUCGGUAGAUCUUCCUCGUCGUCUUCUUCUCCUUCGUGGUUGGUGACGGUGGGGAUCGUGCUCGUCGGGGUGAUUUUCCUGGAUUGAUCAUUCGAUUUGACCAUCGAUUUUUCGUGCUCGGUCGAGAGAGAGGCGAAGGGAGGAUGUCGUCGGGCAGUCGGAAUAACUACGGCGAGUUCAACCAGAAGAUCGACUACGUCUUCAAGGUGGUACUGAUCGGGGACUCGGCAGUCGGGAAGUCGCAGCUUCUAGCCCGGUUCUCUCGCAACGAGUUCAGCGUCGAUUCCAAGGCUACCAUCGGCGUCGAGUUCCAGACCCGCACCCUCACCAUCGACCAAAAGACCAUCAAGGCACAAAUCUGGGACACCGCCGGCCAAGAAAGGUAUCGAGCAGUAACAAGUGCAUACUACAGAGGUGCAGUAGGAGCCAUGCUUGUCUAUGACAUAACUAAACGUCAAUCGUUCGAUCACAUGGCUAGAUGGCUAGAUGAACUACGGACGCAUGCUGACCGAAACAUUGUGAUAAUGCUCAUUGGAAACAAGUCAGAUCUUGGAAGCCUUCGUGCAGUGUCAAUUGAUGAUGCAAAGGAGUUCGCCCAACGUGAGAAUCUCUUCUUCAUGGAGACAUCUGCACUCGAAGCUACCAAUGUUGAGAGUGCUUUCGAGACUGCGCUCUCUGAAAUUUACCGUAUUGUGAGCAAAAAGUCUCUUGCUACUAAUGAUGAGCCUGGAUCAACCGGGAACUCAAACCUAACGAAAGGAACUCAAAUAGUAGUCCCAGGGCAAGAGCCUGCUGAUACUAAAGCAACCUGUUGCUCAUCUUCAUAGAUUCUAUAGAUUUUGUUGCUUUUCAAUUCUUUAUGGUUAGUUUUUCCUUCUUUCGUAUAACAUUUUUCCUUUGCUUCCUGUCCAUUUUCCAAUCUUUUACACUUAUUAUUAUUCUCAAAAUGGAUAUUUGUGUAACAAUCUGAUUGAUUUCUAGUAUGUAAUCUGACGAACAUUUUGAAGGUUUUUUUAAAUAGCAUGAAAAAGUCUAGAUCA